GGAUAUGGAGUCUUUGUCGGUACCUACCUAAGCACCAUGCCUGUCGUCAAUUACCAUGGCAACAUCCGCGACGUGCAACGUCCUGGGAUUUCUCUGACGGAAUCACAGAACUUCUACAAGACCUGGGCAGCUGAUUAUGACAAGGACACCACCGACUCGAACUACAAUGGUCCCGCGGCAACAGCCAACCUUGUUCUGAAGCUGUUUGAAGGCAAGACUGACGGUGUGCGUAUCCUGGAUGUGGCCGCUGGUACCGGCAUGUCGGGAGAGGCGCUUUACAAGGUUGGGUUCCGUUCCAUGGACGCCCUUGAGCCCAGUGAGGACAUGCUUCUGCUGGCGAAAGAGAAAAACGUCUACGGCCGUCUGAUCCAAGACUUCCUAGGUACAAAUCGCCUGGAUAUUGUGGAUGGAGAAUACGAUGCCACGGUGAUGGUUGGUGGGAUGGUCGAGGGCCAUGUAAAAUGCGACUGUCUGGAAGAGCUCAUCAGGGUGGUGAAACCAGGGGGAUUUGUGGUGAUCUGUAUGCGGGAGGUGAAUCUGCGGAAAGUGCCGGAGUACCAUAAACUGGAACCCCGCAUGGCGGCGCUGAAGAGUAAAGGAUGCUGGGAACCCGUGUCACGUGUCGUUUUCUCCAACUACUGCGAGGGGGAAGAAGGAAUCAUCUUUGUGUAUCGCGUGUGCUGAUUGGAGCAAAAAUAACGGCAUAUACGUUCGCAACGUGUGACCUAUAUAAUGGCUUUCUGUUUGCUAACUAGCCUCCU